AUGGUCGAGGGCGACAAAACUCGAUGGAUUAUCUGGAAAAUCGUCGUCCCACUAUGGAAAGCUACUCUCGGACGAUUCAUCUUCGUCAAAUACUCGCCUCACGGGGAAGUCGAAGCGGCCACCAUGAGGUUCAUUCGCGAGCGGACGACAAUCCCUGUUCCGAGGGUCUGGGGUGUCCUAACUUUCCAAGGACUCCCGUAUAUUUUCAUGUCUCGCCUUCCAGGGCGUGAUCUAUGGGAAUCCGAUCUCUGGGAGUCUCUUUCUGAGUCCGUGAAGGAGCGAAUCGUCUCGCAGCUUCGGGGCUACGUGGCUCAGCUACGCGCGCUCGAACCUCCUACAAAGCCGCCUUUCAUCUGCAGCGUCCUCGGUGGCCCCGUUCUCGACCACCGGCUCUCUACAACAGGUCCAUAUGGGCCAUACAGAGAUGAAGCACAGUUCAACUCUCAGCGCCGCCGAGGCCUCACCGUGGAACAAUACGCCGCCAACUACAAGUCCCCUUCCGAAAUCCUCGACGCCGUUCGACGCGCGCACGCCAUCCGUCAUUCGAUUGUCUUCACCCAUAAUGACCUGCACCCAGGAAAUAUCCUCGUAGAAGAUGGUCGUGUAACGGGCAUCGUCGAUUGGGAGUGCGCAGGAUGGUUCCCUGCGCAUUGGGAGUACAUCAAAGCUCUGUUCCUGAUUCACGAUCCCAAAGAUCCUUGGCUCAAGGACGUACCGAAAUUCAUACCUGCGUUCGAAUUCGAAGCUGAUGUGGAUAUAAACUAUAUUGGCUGGUCGCGCGACUGGAUGGGGGUGGUAUUGGAACCCGACUUCGAUGAAAAUGUCGGAUUCCCAGUGGCAGAUUCCUUGAUAUAG